UUGACGAUUUACUUUCAUUUGUAUAUUUGUGUCAAAAUUAUUGUUCAGCUUGUAAAGUUUAGUAAAAAUAAUUCAAAAUGGCUACUGAGGUCGAAGAAACCAUCAAAAGGAUUCAAUCCCAUAAAGGUGUAAUGGGUGUCGUCAUCGUUAACCACGAAGGUAUUCCGAUUAAAAGCUCUUUGGAUAAUGCAACCUCCGUUCUGUAUGCUGGUUUAAUUGGUCAACUCACUGAGAAAGCUAAGAAUGUUGUCAGGGAAAUGGACUCAACAAAUGAACUGUCAUUUCUGCGAGUAAGGAGCAGAAGGCAUGAGAUAUUGAUAGCACCAGACCGAGAGUUUAUUUUAAUUGUUAUACAGAAUACAUUGGACUGAACAUCUGGCAGAAACCAUUGGAUUGAAUUAAUUCAUGUUUUUCAUUCCAAUCAAUCAAAUAAUACUUUAGUUUUAAGUGA